CUCAUAUAUUCACGGAAUUAAGUACAAUCUUUUUGACACCACCAAACUUGCAUCAUGGGCAGACCACCAGACGAACCAGGGUCCUGGAUUUGCAGCGAUAGUGCGUGUGGGAAUAUCAAUUUUGCCCGUCGAACUGAGUGUAACAAAUGCAACACCAAAAAACCAGCCGACGCCACAGUGAGCACAAGCAAGCACUCGAUCGGUGAAAAGUUUGCGAAGGGAACGAAAGGAUUGUUUAGCUCAGCGGACUGGCAGUGCCCGAUGUGCAGCAAUAUCAAUUGGUCAAAGAGAGCGACAUGUAAUGUCUGUAAUCAUACACGCGAUGGCAAGACUGAGGAUAGAGGUGGUCUUGGUGGGGGUUUCAAUGAAAGAGAAGGCAUCGAAUACCACGAAAGAGUGGAGACAGACGAUGAAUUCGACGAGUUUGGCCGUAGGAAAAAGAAAAAGAGCAAAACAAUGUCGAAGUCAACGACCACCGCUCAGCUCGAGGUUGAUGAAGAAGAUGGCAAGGAGGAGUUGGAUAAAUACGAUUUAGAAGAAGACGAGGAAGAUGAAGGUGACGCCAGCAAAUACGAUCUGGGUGCCAGCGACGAUGAUGAUGGCGAUGAAGACAUGAGUAAUUAUGAAUUAGAAAUUCCUGAAGCGAAGACUAUUGCAACUUCUAUCAAAGCCGUAGCCGGAGCGCUGAUCGCGACGGUCCCAAACGCAAGUCUCGAGAUGAGGUGUCUCGGAGCAGGCGAGGUUCUCGAGACGACCACCGGGAAAGUCCACGCAGAGAGCGAGACAAAAGCUCUUCACGCAGAGAUAGGGAUGAUGAUAGCUUCAGGAGAAAUGGAGAUAGAGACCGAAGCAGUACACGAAGAGAUAGAGACAGGGAUAGACGUCGCAGCGGGUCUAGAGAUCGGAGUCGUCGAACUUCUAAGGACAGGAGAGACCGCGAGCGCCGAUAUUCUUCUGAGAGAGGACGCGGUAGGUCUGCAGAUCGAGACCGGCGGUCGCAUGACCGGAAGAGGCACAGUAGCCGUAGCAGAAGCCGCAGCCGAAGCAGAAGCAGGGAUAGAAAUAGGGAUCGGAGGAGAGAGAGAGAUUACAAGGGUAAUAGAAACUUUCGUGACUAAAGGUAACCUUUUGGGGCAAGCUUGA